UUAAAAUUUGUUUAAAAACUCGCGUAGAAAUCACUUUUUUGAGGAACUUUUCCGUUCGUGUCUUGUUGUUUCUUUUCUAUUUUUAUUUAUAUUGAAAAACAUUCAUUGUAUCACAUUUUCAAGAAAUUUAGUAGAAGGAGAUACGGACAACUCUCACAUUCCAUUGCAUUCGUUAUUUCAACUAAUAAAUAGAUUACCGAUUUAAACAUAUAUGUAUAUUUUCGCACCAAAUGUCGAAAGGAAAAGAAUUGUGCUAAAAAACGAGAUGAACGUAUUAUUUGUGAUCAAAUUGUUUGUUACUGCUUUAGCAGGAAGUUCUACUAUUUCCGCGGUAGACGAUAAGCGAGAUGAAGGGUUCCGAAUAUCGAAAAGAGAAAUAAAUGAGCUUAUAGAGGCCAUUAAACAGGGACAUGCAAAUAUUGUUCAAAUGCAUAUUAAUAAUACUGCCGACAUCGAUGCUAGGGACGAUGGUGGAUUGACGCCACUACACUGGGCAGCUAUAGAAGGUGAUUGUCCGAAUUUUUGCUAUAAAUCGCGAACAAUCAUUUGA